AUGUCGCAAAGUGAUCGUGUGACCGAUCUGAUUAUGCACUACUAUAUGCAGCACGGUCGUAACCGCGAUCUGGAGAAGUACCUCCGGUUGCGACGCAUGUCCAACGCAACACGCUCGUCGAGUGAUGGAAGUCUUCCCGGGUUGGAUGAGCUGCAGCGUCGUACGAUGGGCGCCGGAUGUGCCGCCGAGCGAUCCGGUGUUGGCAGGUCAAUGGAGAAUCUGUCGACGCUGCGCAAACAGGCCGAGCGUCAAGAGCUGGCAGAGGGUGAGCAAUCGUUACGGAAUGCUUCCGGCGAAAGUGCCAAAUCGGUAGCGAAAUCGGACGCGGAACAGCCGCCCCCGGCCACAAAAGGUGUCACCGUGAGGGAGAAGAAGGUGGAGCAGAAGAGUGGACGAAAUUUUAACUUCAAUCUCGAGUCGGUCAUUGAAAUAAAUCUUCCACCGCCACCGACGAUAUCGAUCGGUCCGGGGCUGACCUCCGCCGUGGCACCGAUUGCGUACGGGCAACUGGCCGGCGUGCAACCAAUGGGUGCCGCUGCGGACGCUGGCAAAGAACCGUCGCGUCUAGUGGUUCACGAGAACAGCACCCAAACAGCGGGCCAGGAAGAUGCGCCUAUUCGGCCCGUUGUAAAGCCUUCGGUUCCCGCCGGAAACGAGGACCCACUGGACAGUACGAAGGAUCUGUCGCCCGGCAGUAGCAUCGCCUCGAACAGACAGAAGCUGGAGUGGGAUUCGCUGGGUGACAUUGGGUACGAUUCGAGCGAACGGCUCCAGUUCUGCGGAGCGGCCGAUCUUAACGAAACGGAAAAGCGGUGCCUGCAAAGGUAUUUCGCCCGAAAGGGUCUCACUUUCGAUCGCAGCGUGGUGGUGGUGCGUCAUCGCGAAGGAGAGAAGCCAAGGAAGGUGCAGCCUCAGGACGCAUCGAUCGUGCUGACCAAUCCCGGAGCCCAAAGCACUCCGAAAGCGGUUCCGGAAGAUGCGGUUAAAGCAACGCAAACUACACUCCACGUAAACCGCGCCCUGGAAUCGCGCGGAAUUCAGGUGGAAGCGGAGGUAUGUGGACGAAGCGACGGACGGGUGGAGAAGGCUGUCGGUACGGAAAGCCUCACCAUGGUGUCGGUGGAUGCAGCGGAAAGUUUCGAAUUCUUUCCCCCCUCGGGACCAGAAAUGACGAGUAACGGUACGACUUCUGCAUCGAUGCCUUCGUCCACUACUUCGUCCUCUUGUGCGGCUGGCGGAGACGGAACAUCCGCCUCCCUCCGUCCGGCGUUUGACGAUGAGGUGAAACUAGGCCUAACGCUCUACAAUUCGAUCCGCGAGCUAACCAGCAUGCCAACAGGUGUGAAGGAAAGUUUGAUCGAUAAAAUAUUCCGCAAGCUGUCACGGCACGAUCCUGAAAGGAGGACACGGGAACAGUUGCUUCGUGAUUACGCGAAGGCCGUCCGGGAACGUCCGACCGUAAGCGAUCCGGUACAAGACAACGUGUACGACGACGUGAGUUCCGGCGAUGCAGUGAAAGAUGUCCCCAGUCCGGGCAGCACCCAAGAGGAUCGGAGUUUGGAUGUGGUGGAGAUUGCGGAUGAAACGAAAGAUCCGGCAGAGGGUUCGGCGAACGACGUACAUCCCGUCUCCGUCGGAUCCGUUCGCGGUUCAUCUUCGGAAUCUAAUGAUGCGAAUAAUGUUCCAGUCGUGGCCAUUGUUUCAACGUCCGGUGAGCUCGGUUCAGUGGAAGAUUCGUCCCAACCGGAAACGGUCGGAACGGCGCAUGAAAAAGUGCCGGAAAACAACAACCUGUCCAGAGACCGACGGGUCCGGAAAGCCAUGCAGGACUACUUACGGCCGAUGACGCACUCGGAAGUGGAAUAUGAAAACCUUAAAAAAUUGCAACAACGCAACCAACAGCAGCGACGUGCCAAAGAGCCUCAGCUGGCCAAAAUUGAUCGAGAAAUCGAGCAACUUUUGGUGAAGAAAAUGAUGCUUCUCGCUGCUGCUCAAAACUCGGAACAGACCGUUCGUUCUGGUGGCGAAGAGGUCCAUCACCGACCACCGGAGGCGAAAGCCAAUGCGGUUCCGAGCGAACGAAGUGGAACCGUCUACACAUCGGUACAUGAGCCCGUAUCGCAGGGUUUGGAUGGUCGCUCGUCGAAGGACAGUUCCGCGUGGAACUCUCACUAUCACAUGGCAAAGUUGAUAAAAACCCGCUCAAAGUUGGAAACUCCUACCAGCCCAUCGGACGUUAGCAUUCCGACGUUCAUCAAACAAAAGCAGGAACAGUUUAUCGAAAACUACGAUCAAGUGCGUCAGAGGCGUGCGUUCGAGGAUCAGAACCAUAUCUACACGCGUCCGUACAGUGGCCAACGGAGCGAAAUGCAUCGGCACCAGCAGCAAAAGGAAAACUGUGCCCUAGGAAGGAGCAAACAUGUAACAAAGAAAAUGCCUUCGGCCCAGGCCCGCCGGACGGUGGAAUCGUCUUCCAACAACUCCGUUCCUUCGCCAAUGAUCGACGACGGUGCGGCGUUCAUUUCGUCCGAUUCCAUCUCCAUUCCGGUGGUAACGACACUAACCAACACAACCACAACGCACCACUAUGACAUUAAAUCUCGGCGCUCGACUCCGGUGGUCAGCGGCCGUACGGCCGGAACGCAAACGACGGAUUCCAUCCGCCGAACGAAACCAAUUUUCGGUGAGCAACGCUCGCGAAAAGAGAAAGCCACCUCUACGGUGUCAGUGCCUGGCCAUCAUGCCACCGCAGCUGUCGAGACGUACGGCCACGGGAAGGAUGAUGGUCGACGUCCGGUAGAGUGUCACUGUGUGUGUGGUUGUAGGGCGCGUUCUGCGGAUCAUGCUGUGCCGCGCAGGACCGAGUUGAUCGAUGGAACCGGUGGCCGGCAGGACAAACAAGCGCAGACCAAGCCAUCCUCCAUCGCGUACAUUAUCACGUUCGAAGGUGGUGCGGAACGAGCACCGGCACCGAGGCGCGAUCAUCCCAAAUUUUCCGAGCGGCCAGUCUCAGUCGCUAGCACCGCCAGCACCCUUGAGAGCGAAACGGCAGAGAAUGGGAAGGAUAACGUGUCGGAAAAAAUGCUUACACUGCGCGAACAGUUUUGUCGAUCGUGCCCGGCGGCACUGACGCGUAUUGAAGAGCGGCGUCGGUGCAUCGGCGAAUUGAACAAAUUGCGCAGCAAACGAAACGCACAACGCCAGCGACUGCUGCUGCUCACCUCGGAUGAUUCGUUGCGUCGAGCCAACGUGGCACCGGCCGGAAAAGGGAAGCUUCCUCCUCCUCCGCUGAGUAGCCAGUGGCGAGUGUUUCCGUCGACUCGUGCGAUUCGCGAAAAUACGCGCCGUCAGGUGCGUAAGCUACCGGAAGUGCUGCGGAAGAAGGAGAUCGAACGGGUCAACAAUUUGAAGCGGAAAAACAUGAUCCUGAAGGACGUGUACAAUAGGAAUCUUCAGCGAAAAGUGCUGCGAGGGCAAGUUGAUCUGUCGAAUAGUGUUCGUGUGAUCCAGGACUAG